GCAGGCGCGGUGGGGAGGGCCGGGUGUGCGCGUGCGCAGUGAAGGUCCGGCUGUCCGGGAGCCCCCAGACCCAGCGCAGCCGCCAUGGGGCCCCGCCGGCCGCCCGAGCUCUACCGGGCCCCGUUCCCGCUCUACGCGCUGCAGAUCCACCCGCGCGGGCUGGCCCUGGCGGCGGGCGGCGGCGGCGCGGCCCGGACCGGCGUCAGGAACGGCCUGCAUUUCCUCCAGCUGGAGCAGAUUGGGGGCCAGCUCAGCGCCUCGCUGCUGCACUCCCACGACACGGAGACCCGGGCCACCAUGAGCAUGGCGCUGGCGGGCGACGUCAUCGCGGCAGGGCAGGACGCCAGCUGCCACAUCCUCCGCUUCCGCCUGCAGGGGCCCGACGAGAAAAGCGGCAGCAGCGCCCCCAGCAAGGCCGGCGGUGCGGAGAAGGGCCCCCGGAAGCGAAAGGCCCCCAGCCCCUCUGAGAAAGGCGAGGGUGACACGAGGAGCGAGGCAGGCCAGGUGGCAGUGGAGACGCUGUGCAGCGUGCAGACGGACUUCAGCCCUGACGCGCUGCAGAAGGCCGUGCGUGUCAGCGCGGACCAUUCGCUGCUGGCCACGGGCGGCGCCGACGGGUUCCUCCGAGUCUGGGAGUUCCCCAGCAUGAAGAAGGUGCGGGAGUUCAAAGCCCAUGACGGGGAGAUUGAGGACAUUGCGCUGGGUCCCGAGAACAAGGUGGUGACGGCGGGCCGGGAUUUCCAUUGCUGCGUGUGGCAGAGGGACCAGCUGGUGCUGCGGCUGUGCUGGGACGAGAAUAUGCCGGGCAUCCCUGACAAGACCUACCGCUACCAGGCUUGCAGUGACUCGGGCACGUUUCUGGGGCUGGGCACUGUGACGGGCUCGGUUGCCAUUCACGUCUCCUUCUCACUGCAGAGGCUGUACUACGUGAAGGAGGCGCAUGGCAUCGUGGUGACGGACGUGGCCUUCCUGCCUGAGAGCCGGCGGGGCCGGGAGCUGCUGGCCGAGAACGAGGCCGCCCUGCUCAGCGUGGCCGUGGACAGCCGCUGCAAGCUUCAUCUGCUGCCCCCCAGGCGCAGCUUCCCCGUGUGGCUUCUGCUGCUGCUCUGCGCUGGCCUGGUGGUGGCCACCAUCCUGCUGCUGCAGCUGGCCUUCCCCGGCUUCCUGUAGGCGUGAGGAGCCCCUGGGACAGCGAGAGACUCUGCCCCUGCCUGGGGCACGUCGGGACCCUCGCCUGCCUGGUCCGGCCCGGCUCUCCCCCCGGGACAAUGUGAAGCAGCUCAGAGACCGGCAGCCCCCCUGGCCCCACGCCCUGCCCGCCCGUGGUGGGGACGUGUGUUCCGGGCGGAUUCCUGCAUGGGACGGGCGGUGCCGGAGCUCUCGGGAAGGUGAGAUGUUCUGGCUGGGCCGUGGCAGGGGGCUGAGAGCCCAGCCUGUGCCAGUCGGACCCACGACGCCCAUCCAGCGAUGUGCCAGCAGCCUCAACCCGUGCUCCUGCUGCGGGUCGUUGGCUGCCAUUAAACUGGAGUCUGA